AUGGGACUGUAUUCCAGUGGCGCGCUUGGCGGUGUGGAGGUAUUGGAUGGUGGGCUGGUGGGUGGAGAGCUGACUGCGCAUGUACUGAGCGCUCAGGCGGCCGCUCAUGCCGCCGCAACUGCCGCAGCCGCUGCCCAUCAACAACAACAACAACAGAUUGCUGUUCAACAGAUAAAAACGUCGCCCUCGUCAGGGCGUUCGACCCCAGUGACCACGGCGGCUAACAGCACGACCACGUCAACCGGCACCACCUCACCAUCGCCCAGCAAACUCUUCGUAGGUGGACUCAGUUGGCAGACCAGCUCGGAGAAACUACGGGAGUACUUUGCGAUGUUCGGACCAGUCACUGAUGUCCUCAUAAUGAAGGACCCUGUCACACAGCGUUCGCGCGGCUUUGGUUUUAUCACGUUCCAGGAGGCGGCCUCCGUGGACAAGGUGCUCGCUGUCCCGGUCCACACGCUGGACGGCAAGCGGAUCGAUCCCAAACACGCGACCCCCAAAUCUGCCCCGCGUCCGGCGAAAACGAAGAAGAUCUUCGUUGGAGGGGUGGGGCAGGACACAUCUGCUGACGAGGUCCGCGCCUACUUCUCCCAAUUCGGCCUGGUGGAGGAUGCUGUGAUGCUGAUGGACCAGCAGACGAAGCGCCAUCGAGGGUUCGGUUUUGUAACCUUCCAUUCUGAAGAGGCUGUGGAGCGAGUCUGCGAUAUCCACUUCCACACGAUCAAGAACAAGAAGGUGGAGUGCAAGCGGGCCCAGCCUAAGGAGGCUGUGGCGGCGGCUCCACUGGCGCUGGGCAAGCGGCUGGUGCUUCGUCCGGGGCGCGGGCUGGUGUACGGGCAGGUGCCCACGGUGGGGACGGUGGGCGUAGGCGUUAACGUGGGCGCGCACGCGUACCGCUACGCGCCGUACGCGCUACCGGCGCCCCCCACGCUGGUGGCGCCCCCCACUCCUGCGCCCGCCCCCCCUCUCCCACAGUUCGGCGCCGCGUACUCGCUGGCCGGCGUCGACAUGUCCUCGUUCCAGGGAGUUGACUGGGGCGCCAUGUACGGCCUCCCCAUGUACAUCUAA